UAUUUGGUUAUCGGCUUGCCUGGACUAGAGAAGUUCCUGUUAUAAAUACAUGAUGACAGAUCAUCUUCUCCUCAAGAGCCACUGGUGGAAGUCUGUGCAGAGGCGACUAAAUGCUAUUGCUGAGUAACUGGAUUUCCAAUCACAGAAGGAAAAUAUCAUGUCUCGAUCACGCCAACCCCCUCUUGUAACUGGUAUCUCUCCCAAUGAAGGGAUUUCAUGGACAAAAGUCACAAUUAGAGGAGAAAACUUGGGAACUGGGCCAACAGACCUCAUAGGUUUAACAAUCUGCGGACACAACUGUCUGCUGACUGCUGAAUGGAUGUCUGCCAGUAAAAUAGUGUGUCGAGUGGGACAAGCUAAAAAUGAUAAGGGGGACAUUAUUGUCACUACAAAAUCAGGUGGCAGAGGAACUUCGACUGUUUCCUUCAAACUCCUGAAACCUGAGAAAAUAGGUAUCUUGGAUCAGUCUGCUGUCUGGGUUGAUGAAAUGAACUAUUAUGACACGCGCACUGACAGGAACAAAGGGAUUCCCCCCUUGUCUCUACGCCCAGCUAAUCCACUUGGUAUUGAGAUAGACAAAGGCAGAUUUCCCCAGAAGGAUUUGGAGGCACUGUUUCCUGGGAUGAGUGCCGAUUUCACUAGUGAAAACUUCUCUGCUGCAUGGUAUUUGAUAGAGAACCAUUCAACAACAAGUUUUGAUCAGCUCAAAAUGGCAGUCAUGAAUCUGAAGAAGCAGGCAAACAAGAAAAAUGAGGGGAGUCUAGCAUAUGUGAAAGGAGGUCUCAGCACUUUUUUUGAAGCACAAGAUGCCCUGUCAGCAAUCCAUCAAAAACUGGAAGCGGACGGAACGGAAAAAGUAGAAGGAUCCAUGACGCAAAAACUGGAGAAUGUACUGAACAGGGCAAGUAACACUGCAGAUACCUUAUUCCAAGAAGUGUUGGGUCGCAAAGACAAGGCAGAUUCAACAAGAAAUGCACUCAAUGUCCUUCAGCGUUUUAAGUUUCUUUUUAACCUUCCUCUUAAUAUUGAAAGGAAUAUCCAAAAGGGUGAUUACGAUGUGGUCAUUAAUGACUAUGAAAAAGCUAAGUCGCUGUUUGGGAAGACUGAGGUUCAAGUGUUCAAAAAAUAUUAUGCUGAAGUUGAAACACGAAUUGAAGCCUUAAGAGAACUUCUUCUGAAUAAAUUGCUUGAGACUCCAUCAACAUUACAUGAUCAAAAACGUUAUAUAAGAUAUCUUUCUGAUCUCCAUGCUUCUGGGGACCCUGCUUGGCAGUGUAUUGGUGCCCAGCACAAAUGGAUUCUUCAACUCAUGCAUAACUGCAAAGAGAGCUACGUUAAAGAUCAAAAAGGUAAUUCGUUGCUACAUAGCCCCAUGCUAGAUCUAGACAGUGAUGUGCGUCCGUCUCCACUUGGUCAUCUCAGUCAGACUGCUUCGCUGAAAAGGGGCAGCAGCUUUCAUUCGGGUCAUGAUGACACUUGGCGUUAUAAAGCUCCUCAACAAGUUGCAUUUGUUGAAAAGUUGACAAAACUUGUUGUAAUUCAGCUCCCCAACUUCUGGAAGCUCUGGAUUUCUUACGUGAAUGGAAGCCUUUUCAGUGAGACUGCUGAAAAAUCUGGUCAAAUGGAAAGAUCAAAGAAGAAUGCUAGGCAAAGACAAAAUGAUUUCAAGAAAAUGAUUCAGGAGGUGAUGCAGUCCCUGGCAAAACUGAUCCGUGGAGCUUUGCUUCCAUUCAGCCUCAGAGAAGGAGAGUUGAGACAGUAUGGUGGCUGGGAGAUGAAAUCUGAACUCUCUGGACAGUGGCUUACACAUGUCAUCCAGACUGUAAGGCUUAGUUAUGAGUCCCUUACUGCACUUGAAAUACCAAAUGAUAUGCUUCAUAUCAUCCAGGAUCUUAUUUUGGAUCUUCGAGUACAUUGUAUAAUGGUCACCUUACAACACACAGCUGAAGAUGUGAAGAGGUUAGCUGAAAAGGAAGACUGGGUGGUUGAUAAUGAAGGUUUAACAUCUCUGCCAUCCCAGUUUGAACAAUGCAUUGUGCAUUCCUUGCAGUCACUCAAGAGUGUUCUGGACUGCAAACCUGGAGAAGCCAGUGUUUUCCAGCAACAAAAAACACAGGAGGAUGUGUGCCAGCUAAGCAUUGGUAUCAUGCAGGUUUUUAUAGAUUGUCUGGAACAACUGAGCACUAAGCCUGAUUGUGAAGCAGAUACCACACAUCUUUCAGCUGACGUUUCAUCUCCUGAUUUAUUUGGAAGCAUUCACGAAAACUCUAGUUUAUCUUCCGAGAAAAGACUUUUAAUUGUACUCAGUAAUUGCUGCUACCUGGAACAUCAUACUUUCAUAAAUAUAGCUGAACACUUUGAGAAACAUAGCUUCCAAGGAGUUGAAAAAAUAACUCAAAUUAGUAUGGAAUCAUUGAAGGAGUUGGCUCAAAGGCUGUUUGAAAUUUACAUUGAAUUGAAGGCAGAUCCUAUAGUUGGCUCUUUAGAACCUGGCAUUUAUGCAGGAUAUUUUGAUUGGAAAGAUUGUCUCAUUCCAACAGGUGUCAGAAACUAUUUGAAAGAAGCAUUAGUGAAUAUCAUUGCUGUGCAUGCAGAGGUAUUCACCAUCUCUAAGGAAUUAGUGCCUCGAGUACUGUCAAGGCUUGUGGAAUCUGUUGCUGAAGAACUAAGUCGACUGAUGCAGUGUGUAUCAUCGUUCAGUAAAAAUGGAGCUUUACAGGCAAGGCUUGAAAUUUAUGCAUUGAGAGAUGCUGUGGCCGUAUACCUAACGCCAGAAAGCAACUCAAGUUUUAAGCAAGCUUUGGAAGCCCUGCCGCAACUCUUAAGUGGAGCAGACAAAAAGUUAUUAGAAGAGCUACUAAACAAAUUUAAAAGUAGUAUGCACCUGCAGCUCACCUGCUUUCAAGCUUCUUCGGCAAUGAUGAAAACAUAGACACAACAGCAAAAUACAAGUAAUCCCACAAAAGAACACAGAUAAACAUACUCCCAUUACUCCCGACUGUUUUCAUUUCCUUUGAACACUCAGCAGAAUACUUACUCAUUGGAGUGGUGUUUCAAUUUACUGGCAAGCAAUGGUGUGAUUCAUGUAGUGUAGCCUUCAAAUUAAGAAAGAUUAUUAGAAAUGCCACCGUAAAAAAAAUUAUCGAUUGUUUUUCAUCGUAUCAA